ACCCACCUCAUGGGCCCCGACGCUGCCUCCCAGGGCCUGGUGCUGUCCGGUGUUGUGGCAGACAGCCACAAGUUUGCCUUCCCCAGCGGAGGAGUUAGGGAGGUUCCCGGGGUGGCGGGGGAGCAGACGGUCUGUCCAUGCUGUCUGCAGCCGGGGUGUCUGAAGAGCUGGUCCUAUCCAGCAGUCUAGAUAACGGAGGCAUGAAGAUACCUGAGACCACCAUGAACUUCGACCCUGACUGCUUUCUCAACAACCCCAAGCAGGGCCAAACCUAUGGGGGCAGCAGGCUGAAGGGGGACGGCAGCUCCUCUUCCUCCUCCUCUUCCUCCAACGGCACCAAUGGCAGCAUGCAGCGCUCUCCCUCCAUGUCAGAUUCUGGAUACAGCUUCAACUCUGCUCUGGUGAAGAACAUCAAGACAGAGGACAUGUCCUUUGAGCAGCAGCUGGCCACCGAGCAGGGAUACCAGGUGGGGGUGGUGGUGAGCUGUGGAGGAGGUGUCUCUUGUUCCUCUGGGGCAGGUUCAGCACAGGGCUCCCUCGGCCUGACCCCUGCAGGCUCUCUGCUGCCCUCUGGAGGAGGCCUGAGCCCCAGCACCACCCUGGAGCAGAUGGACUUCAGUGCCAUCGAUGCCAAGCAGGACUACUCGUCCGGGGCUGGGACAGUGAGCUAUGGCCAGGCUAUGAACAGCCCUCACCUCUCCCACCAGAGCCACUCGCCCAGCUUCUUCCUCCAGGACACCCAGCAGUCCGCCCAGGCCCAGCAGGGCAGGUCUUCCAUGGGCCAGAAGACUCACUUGAUGGACCACAACUCCCACGACUCCACAGCCUACAUGAGCCUGCAGGUGGUCAAGACGGACUCCCCUGGCAGCAACGGCCAUCUCCAUCACCACCACCAGAGCCACCAGGGCCAGCAUAGGGCCAACUGCAACGGGGGCUCCCCCACCGAGGGGCCAGGGCAGGGGCCUGGGUCUCUCCAGCUCCUGCAGUACCAGGGGGGCUUCCCUGGGUUGGGGCCGGAGCAUGAGGAGGUGGUGGGUCUGGAGCAGCCAGGCAGCGUGAGCUCAGGCCAGGCCGGGGGAACAGAGAACGGAGAGGGUCUACUGAAGCCUGGAGAUCACCUCCAGGCCUGUGGAGGAGGCAACCAAGAGGGAGGAGGUGCAGAGCACUACUUGCAGCAGACCAACGACGGAGGAGGAAGUCAGGGAGGUGGAGGGAAAGGGGUGGCCAUGCACAACGGAAAUGGUGUCAACAAUGACGGCAGCAACCGCUCCCAUCAACAGCAGCAGCUGCAGCCCCUCAUCCAGGGGGCUGGGAUGGUCCAGGGCCUCUACAACACGGUGGGACCCCACCAGGGCCUGGGUGGAGUGGGCUCUAACGGGGGAGCAGGAGGGGGAGGCAUGGAGAUCAGCCUGGACCACUUCGACAUCUCCUUCGGGAACCAGUUCUCUGACCUUAUCAAUGACUUCAUCUCUGUGGAUGGUAGUGGAGCCAACAUGACGGCCGGAGGAGCCCUCUACACCCACCAGCUGGUGGGCAACCAUCGCUCAGAUGGCCAGGCCACACCUAGCGGAGCUCCUCAGCAGGACCAGGAGGACGGAGGGGUAGGAGGGGCCCGGGGGACAGGAUACAGCCCCUCAGAGCUUUGUCUCCAACCCUGCUGCAGCCCCCAGUCCCUUGGUGGAGGGGCCGGGGGUGCAGGGGUGGAGCCAGGCUCCCUGGCCUACAUGCACGUGGCGGAGGUUGUGUCUGCAGCCGUGGCCCAGGGGGCUCUGGGUAUGCUGCAGGCCACUGGAAGGCUCUUCAUUGUCACUGACUACUCCCCUGAGUGGUCCUACCCUGAGGGAGGAGUGAAGGUGCUCAUCACUGGUCCAUGGCAGGAGGCCAGCUCUAACUACAACUGCCUGUUUGACCAGGUCGCUGUCCCUGCCUCUCUCAUCCAGCCGGGGGUGCUGCGCUGCUACUGCCCAGCUCAUGACACUGGGCUGGUGACGCUGCAGGUGACAGCCAGUAACCAGAUCAUCUCUAACUCAGUGGUGUUUGAGUAUAAGGCCCGCGCCCUGCCCUCACUGCCUUCCUCACAACACGACUGGCUCUCACUGGACGAUAACCAGUUCAGAAUGUCCAUCCUGGAGCGCCUGGAGCAGAUGGAGAGACGGAUGGCAGAGAUGGCCUCCCAUCACCAGCAGGGCAGCGGAGGAGGUGCAGGAGCAGGAGGAGGAGCAGGAGGUGGAGGAGGAGGAGGUAGUGGUGGUAACAACAGCCAGACACAGUGUGUGUCAGGGCAGGGUCAGGCGGGCAGCAGCUUUGAGAGCCGUGUGGUGGUGGUGUGUGAGAAGAUGAUGAACCGGGCCUGCUGGGCCAAGUCCAAACACCUGAUCCACUCCAAGACCUUCAGGGGCAUGACCCUGCUCCACCUGGCCGCUGGGCAGGGCUACGCCACUCUCAUCCAGACACUCAUCAAGUGGCGCACCAAGCAUGCAGACAGCAUUGACCUGGAGCUGGAGGUGGACCCACUCAAUGUGGACCACUUCUCCUGCACCCCUCUGAUGUGGGCGUGUGCCCUGGGUCACUUGGAAGCGGCAGUGGUCCUGUAUAAGUGGGACCGACGGGCCCUGGCCAUCCCUGACUCUCUGGGACGCCUGCCCCUGUCCAUCGCCCGCUCCCGCGGCCACACCAAGCUGGCCGAGUGUCUGGAGCAGCUGCAGAGAGAGGAACAGCAGCCCCCUGCACCUCUGCCCCCCACCACGCGCAUGUCCUUCUCCCCAACCCCCCACGAUGCUCCCACCUCAGACAGCUGGAUGGUCACAUGGGCCAGCGACGGCGUGAUGGCGCCCGGCGGAAAGAAAGGCGGCACCGCCACCACCACCACUACCUCCACCACCUCCACCAACCUCAACCCAGACUUGAGAAGGCCGAGAUCUGAACCCUCCAACUACUACAGCAGUGAGUGCCAGCGAGACCUUCCCUUAGCCAAGAAACACAAGCCCAACCCGGAGCUGUUCCAGGCCAGGCCCGACAAGGCCAUGUCUGUCCCGCUGAGCCUGGAGCAACAGCAGCUCCACAAGCUGUCCUUCAGUACCAAGAGCCCGUCCCCUGAGGGCCUCAGCCCAGACAAAAGUCUCUCGGGUGGGGGAAGCUCUGGAGGAGCAGGGGUAGCCAAGUGGAGCUCUAGGGAGGGUUUCUCCAGCAGGGGCUUAGGCAGAAAGGGUUCAGGGGACUCUGGGGGCAGCAGCCUGGGGAAGGAGAAGCUGGCUAGCAGGCUGAGACAGAGGGAACAGCUGGGGAACAUGCUGGUGAUGGCUGAGAGAGAGAUGGUGGACACUGAGCUGUUUUCCUACAGAGAACACCUGGAGAACCGGGACUGUAUGACGCAGAUGGACAACCUGCAGGACAACAUGAUGACUCUGGCAGAGCAUAUCAUUGAGGCGACCCCAGAGAGAAUCAAAAGGGAGGACUUUGUGGCCCUGGAUGGAGUGCCCCUGGACAGUGCUGGGGUCAGCAACACCAUGAGCUGGUUGGCCAGUUACCUCGGAGACAUGGAGCAGCUUCCCAGCAUCAUACAGCUACGAUCUCUGUACAGUGAUCCUCUGACUCCAUCCUCCAGCCCCAGCCCAGGGGGGUCUCCCCUGAGGGAGGGGUCCAUGGAGAGGCCCACCCUGCCCUCCCCGGCCGACUGGAGCGAGUUCCUCCAGGCCUCUAACAACAAGGUGGAGAGAGACUUGGCCCAGCUCACCCUGUCCGACCCCGAGCAGAGGGAGCUGUACGAGGCCGCCCGUCUCGUCCAAACUGCCUUCCGCAAGUACAAGGGACGCCCAUUCAGAGAGCAACAGGAAGUAGCUGCAGCAGUCAUUCAGCGUUGUUACAAGAAAUACAAACAGCUAACAUGGAUAGCCUUGAAGUAUGCACUUUAUAAGAAGAUGACGCAGGCCGCCAUUCUUAUCCAGAGUAAGUUCCGCAGCUACCAGGAGCAGAAGAAGUUCCAGCAGAGCAGGCGGGCGGCCGUGCUGAUCCAGCAGUACUACCGCGGCUACAAGGAGUUUGGCAGGCUCAGGCUCCACCGGCAAGGAGCCACCGCUGCCCUGGUGCAACACAAACUCAGAAGUAGUCUGCUCUCUAAGAGGCAGGAUCAGGCUGCCAGGAAGAUCAUGAGGUUUCUACGCCGCUGCCGCCACAGCCCCUUGAUGGACCAUAGACUGUUCAAGCGGAGUGAACGAAUUGAAAAGGGCCAAGGAACAUGAAAACCUUCAGAAGAGCCCCCUCGCAAUGUGACAUCACUCUCCUCCUGACUCUUCCUGUUUUCUUUGUCCCUUUAUACCCAAAACAUUUUUCAAGAGAAGAAGAAAAGAAAACAGUUCAGUGAAAACACUGCAAUUAUUAUUACUACUACUACGACAGCGUGGCUGACUCUACUUCUACUUCUAACAACAGCAUUUUUCACCUUUAUCUUUUCCCUCUGACAUGGUUUAUGUUGGAGAGUGUAGAAUUAGAAACUAAGGGGAAGAAGCUGUGGGGGGCAGAACAUUUGCUUCAUGGCAUUUUUUGCACUUUUUCAUGGAUUGUUUAGUCUUUUUGGGAGUAUCGGAGUCUAGGUUCAAGACUGUAAAGGAAGAGGAAUGCUGGACAUGUCUGAAAAGGUCUCUGUGGAUCAAAGGAAGAGGACAAGACGCCAAGGAUGGGGGCAGAUGCCGGCCAGAACAGAAGGAAACAUGACAGAAGCAGAAACACAUUUGGGACUUGGCUGUAAUUGUAUUUCAUAUUUUUUUAAGUGACUGAUUAUUCCAUUUGAAGAAGAAAAAAAUGUAACUUAAUGAACCAAAAAAUCUCGGUAAUACAUUGAUCCAUUUGCACACAUACACUCCCUGUCGACAGUUAGAUGAGUACAUUCAGUAUGGUAACUAGUAAGGUAAAUAGAUCAAAAUGACCGUUCCUGUUACGCUGUGCUCUACCCCGCCAGUCAGUCCAAAGGGGUGGGGUAACAUAUGAAUGUAGGAGGGGUGUGAGCAGAAAUGGGUGGGGCUUAUUAAAACAAUGGCUUUUUUUGUUAUCUAGGUUUGGAGGGGUUAUGUACUGUAAGGCAAGGGAUAGGGGGAUUCAAUGGAAUUACAAUUCUUCUUCUUCUUUUUUAUAUCAUUAUUUUAUUCUCUUUUCUAUUCCUCUUUGCUUGAAUCUGUUUUGUGCUCAUGCCCAUGACCGAUUUACAACUGACUUGUCUCUUCAAAAUUCUGUGUUGUCGAUUUGAUCAAAUAUGCAUGCCUAUGGGUGAAGGUCUUCACCUGUGUGCUGGAAGUUAGGUCUGUAUUCUCUGAAUUUCAAUGUUUUGCUUUUGUCUUCAUGUUCAAAUGCAACUGAGUGGCCCAUGUACCAACCUAUUCUCCCAAGAGUCAUACCCUCUAGUUCCUGAGAUUAUACCUACAUCCUCAUCUUUCCCUUUUCUGUCACCUUAUUUCAUUUGUUUCCUCAGUAUUCUAAAAAGAAAGAAAACUUGCCUCUUUUGUGUUGUAAUGAUUAUAGUCAUGAAGGUUAUUGUUUUUCUUUUUAAAUGAACUUCAGGGCCUGUGAGGGCUUUUGAGGGGAAGAUCACAUACACUUUAAAUGAACUUCAGGGCCUGUGAGGGCUUUUGAGGGGAAGAUCACAUACAUUUUAAAUGAACUUCAGGGCCUGUGAGGGCUUUUGAGGGGAAGAUCACAUACAUUUUAAAUGAACUUCAGGGCCUGUGAGGGCUUUUGAGGGGAAGAUCACAUACAUUGCCUUGACGUCUUAGAGAUUCUUCGAGGGGUCCCUAAGCUAGUCCCAAAAAAGGGGUUAGACAAAUCCAUAUUUUUGACAAUUGAGCAGUUUCUGUAUAUAAAGAAGGCUGAAGGUAGGGAAAAACAUUUACCCAAAGGGGAUUGUAUUUUAGAAAUAUAUUAUUUUAUUCAUUAAAAAGGGGUCAAAAACAGGUAUGAGACAAAAACAGAAUAUUUGUAUAGUUUUGUUUGAAUGCCUAAGAAGUAUGGUUGUAUUGUUUGUAUAUAGUGUAAAUACCUGGGACAAAAAUGAGCUAUGUGCAUGAAAAACAUGAACAAAGGUUAAAAACACUCAACAAAAGCAGUAGUGGCUAUGCUCUGUAAAAUUAUUAAAAGUAUUUCACUAUAAGAGUAUUUUAUUUUAUUUUAAUUGUUCUUGGGAUAAACAUUUUGCGAAAGCAUGACAUUAUUGCAAAUGCUAAAAACUUUUAAAAAAGAUAACGUAUUUAGAGUUAGGAGAAAUCUGCAAAAUUAUCUUAAGACAAGUAUGUUUAUGUUUACAUUUUUGUUUUGGGCUACCAAUAAUCUUUUGCCAAUGGUGCCAAGUAAUGUGAAUGCUAUAUUGCUUAACAAGAGAAUGAAGUUAAUCUUAUCAGAACAGAUAAUCAUACAAUGAAAUAGACACUAGCAUUAAAGACCACAAGGUCCCAUCCCGACUGGCAGAGGAUCACAGAUAGAGGUACACAUUGUAGAGGGAGAAAUAUUUCUACAGCAACUUUUAAGUCUCUCAUUUCUCUUCUGUUAUCACACGUCAGAACAACCCAAACUUUUUGCCAUCAUCACCAAAUACACAGGGAUCACUGGUCAGUAACAUUUUAAGUGCAAAAAAGCCUACUGUAUGAGAAAGAGGGAUUGCGUUGUUAGUGUGCAUGUUUGUAUGGAUUGUCUUCAUAUAAGGAUUGUAAAUGGCAGCCUUGUCCAUGUGAAUCUCAGCCCUGUUGUUUUUAUUUUUAUAAUUGAGGUUGAUUUAACAUUUGUUUAAUAGGUGGCCUAGUGGUUUAGUUCGUUGGGCCAGUAACCCAAAGGUUGCUAGAUGGAAUCCCCGAGCUGACAAGGUCAAAAUCUGUCGUUCUGACCCUGAAUUCGUUCUUAACUGACUUGCCUAGUUAAAUAAAGGUUAAAUAAAUCAAUUAAAUAUAUAUAUUAAACCAUAAUUUAUUUAAUAGGACAACACACAGGUAAUGAAAUCAUCGAGCUUUGAUUAUUAAAUCAUAAUUUGUUUAAUAGGACAACGCACAGGUGAUGACAUCAUUGAGCGUUGAUUAUUAAAUCAUUGAGCUUUGAUUAUUAAAUCAUUGAGCUUUGAUUAUUAAAUCAUUGAGCUUUGAUUAUUAAAUCAUUGAGCUUUGAUUAUUAAAUCAUUGAGCUUUGAUUAUUAAAUCAUUGAGCUUUGAUUAUUAAAUCAUUGAGCUUUGAUUAUUAAAUCAUUGAGCUUUGAUUAUUAAAUCAUUGAGCUUUGAUUAUUAAAUCAUUGAGCUUUGAUUAUUAAAUCAUUGAGCUUUGAUUAUUAAAUCAUUGAGCUUUGAUUAUUAAAUCAUUGAGCUUUGAUUAUUAAAUCAUUGAGCUUUCAUUGAGCUUUGAUUAUUAAAUCAUUGAGCUUUGAUUAUUAAAUCAUUGAGCUUUGAUUAUUAAAUCAUUGAGCUUUGAUUAUUAAAUCAUUGAGCUUUGAUUAUUAAAUCAUUGAGCGUUGAUUAUUAAAUCAUUGAGCUUUCAUUGAGCUUUGAUUAUUAAAUCAUUGAGCUUUGGACCGAGUUUGGGAAACCCUGAAAUAGACUAGAUCAACGUAUCAAACUGCUGACACAAGACAAUAUUUUUUUCUAAGUGUGGGCUGGAGGCUUAACUUGACUAAGGCUGUCAGGGUCUGGACAGACCAGAAUUAUUCUUUGUCAGAAUGUAAUGUGGCCACAGUGAACGAGGUACAUGUGUAGUGUCUCUCGGCUGGGAUUCUUUGUAAAAGUAAAUUGGUAAUUUACUUACAGGAGGAACACUUGUUUAAACAAUCUAAGGUGCUAAAAAUAACACAAUUAAACAGUGAUGCAUAGAUUAUAGUGAAACAUAUGACCAAUUAUGGAUCAGCACAGCCAAGUCAAUGAGCAAAAGUGAGGGAUCUAUAAAACUGUAAAUGUUACAAGAUGCACCAGAGGACCGUGUUUGAAAGAUUAUGAAAUUAAAUGUGAGUGGUGGGAACAGAAACAUUGAUACCAGUUGAUUUGAUCUGUGAGUCCAUGAUAUAUACUAUACAAUAGUCUGCUGGUUUCUGCAGUUCUGCUGAAAUAUAUUAUAUUCAUAUCAAAACAACCAGGUGGCAUUCAAGUGAUGCCGUUCAUUAUUCAAACAGGGUGUGAUGCCAUUGGACAAUUAUGUUUUGUUGUUUAACUAGCUGAAUUUCGUCUCAGACCCUGUUAUCUGUUCUGUUUUGAAUUAUUAUAUACUGCUGGGUUUAUUUCUCUGUAUGGUUGUGUUUAUUUCACAGAGACUUGAUAUGUAAACCUAUUUUCAGAGUGUUUAUGUAGAAAGUGCCUAAUCAUAUCCCGAUUGAUCGCACAAAGCCAAUGUCAGGAAGCAUGCGAUGUACCUAAGGAGAAAAACAUGGCUUUGGAGAGAAAAAGAUCACCUGAAUCCAGCAUUCUUUAGGACUACUGUAUAUCAAGUAUCAUACCAUAUAUCAAUCCAAAAACCAUCACUAAAUUCAGUCCGGUGACAGUCUUCCCUUAACAAACUCAGUAUCCCCACGCAAUGCGUUCCAUCUUGUCAACAUUCUCAGCCUUUUUAUUUUCUAUUGGAACUGCCUGUUGAAACCAUGAGAAUUCCAUUCCAUAACUUUUGUGGUUUUAUUGCCUUGCAUUCAUCAUUCAGAUAGUGGUAAGAAUGCCAGCUGAUGCACUGCUGUGGCAAUACGGGAAGGUUUUAUUAUGCUUGCAUGGGUAAAAUAGUUAACUGGGUGACUGAACUGCACCCAAAGCAUGCUUAUUUUUCUAAAAUCGGUAGUCAGAUAGACUUGUAAAAAGACUUACUCUUCUGUAAAGCGAAGAACGUUUGUAUGACGUGUCGCAGAACUCUGAAAGAUGGAGGGCAGCUGAUUGGAAGGCAGAGAAGAAUCCUAAAAAUACAAACUAUGAUCAAUCUGCAGUAUUUACUGACCAUGUUUCUUGGGGUAGCAUGAGGGCAAGUUUUUCUAGAAGCAAGUUUUUAAAAAUUCAUUUUUUCAUUUUUAUUCAUUUGGAUCUAAAAAUAGUGUGCUCCCAAACCAACAGUAUGAGGCAACAACACACAGACACACACACACAUGCAGGCGACAGUACAUUGCACUGCACACACCCAGAUAUGUCAGGGCAUAGUCAGUCUCACUUGUACACAGUUCAGCAGAGAGAGAUCAUCAUGUGUUAUUUUCCUAGCCUGCUCCUAGUCCUAGAGAACCGCUCACCUCCCUUCUGUAUUUUACUCAGGGUGCCAAAAUGGGGAGGAGGAAGUGGAGCAGGACAUUGAUGGUGAUUCAGUGUAGAGAGAGGACACACUAUUGAAAUAGGAUACAGAGCUUUCUGGAUAAAACAGGCAAAUUGCUACUGAUCCUGGAUGCAUUAUUGGUAUCCAUUUCCUCUCAAGUAAGUAAGGUGAGCUGAGGAGAGACGUAAUGGCACGAUAACAUUUACAUUUACAUUACAUUUAAGUCAUUUAGCAGACGCUCUUAUCCAGAGCGACUUACAAAUUGGUGCAUUCACCUUAUGACAUCCAGUGGGACAGUCACUUAACAAUAGUGCAUCUAAGACUUAGGGGGGGUGGGGUGAGAGGGAUUACUUAACCUAUCCUAGGUAUUCCUUAAAGAGGUGGGGUAACAGAACUAGGGGAUAAAAGUAAUUGUAGUAUAGAUAAUUAUAAUUAGGACAAGCUCAUCACAAUUGACCAUAUGGUCAAUUGUUUCUGUCUUGGCUACAGCUCUGACAAAUUCAUUUGUAGGCAUUAUGGGACACUAGGGCUUAAAGUCUUACGUACAUGCUUACCUUUCUUUUAUAGACUAUGCUUAUGAGUCUAGUAACACUUUAACCUUUGACCUCCUCUGGCUUGAUGGUUCUUAUUAAAACAAGGACUUGCUGUGUGAAUCUAUGGUUAUGUCAUAACAUCACACACAGCUUCAAAUAGUCUAUAAAGCUAUUCUCAGUUAUACAACAAUUCAUCUCAGUUAAGAUAUGGAUGAUGACAUGAUGUAACAUCUGAAUGAGGUCUUCCUGAGACGUACGUUGGGGUAGUUGAAGAUGAGGUCUUCCUGAGACGUACGUUGGGGUAGUUGAAGAUGAGGUCUUCCUGAGACGUACGUUGAGGUAGUUGAAGAUGAGGUCUUCCUGAGACGUACGUUGGGGGUAGUUGAAGAUGAGGUCUUCCUGAAACGUACGUUGGGGGUAGUUGAAGAUGAGGUCUUCCUGAGACGUACGUUGGGGUAGUUGAAGAUGAGGUCUUCCUGAGACGUACGUUGGGGGUAGUUGAAGAUGAGGUCUUCCUGAGACGUACGUUGGGGUAGUUGAAGAUGAGGUCUUCCUGAGACGUACGUUGGGGUAGUUGAAGAUGAGGUCUUCCUGAGACGUACGUUGGGGUAGUUGAAGAUGAGGUCUUCCUGAGACGUACGUUGGGGGUAGUUGAAGAUGAGGUCUUCAUGAGACGUACGUUGGGGUAGUUGAAGAUGAGUUCUUAAUGAGACGUACGUUGGGGGUAGUUGAAGAUGAGGUCUUCCUGAGACGUACGUUGGGGUAGUUGAAGAUGAGGUCUUCCUGAGACGUACGUUGGGGUAGUUGAAGAUGAGGUCUUCAUGAGACGUACGUUGGGGGUAGUUGAAGAUGAGGUCUUCCUGAGACGUACGUUGGGGGUAGUUGAAGAUGAGGUCUUCAUGAGACGUACGUUGGGGGUAGUUGAAGAUGAGGUCUUCCUGAGACGUACGUUGGGGUAGUUGAAGAUGAGGUCUUCCUGAGACGUACGUUGGGGGUAGUUGAAGAUGAGGUCUUCAUGAGACGUACGUUGGGGGUAGUUGAAGAUGAGGUCUUCCUGAGACGUACGUUGGGGUAGUUGAAGAUGACCAGAUCUUAUAGGGACGGUUUCAAAAAAAGCCCUUCAGGUAUGGCCAUCUUCUGGAUGGUAUGACAGGUUAGCUAUAACAGGCACUUCAUAUGGAUUUAAUUACCUUCAUUACACUCGGCUAAUUGACCUGAGGGACUGGACGGUAUCUCCUCCUCUUCCUUUGUCAAUGCACUCAAACUACUGAAAGGUAGGCACAUCAAGACAACAGAGCAGAAACCAUCUCACAACCUUUUCCACUUGUGGACACAAAGCAAUAAGCAUUCUUUUGUGGAGACCUAUAGACCUAGUGAAGAUAGAAAUGAUUGGACACAUGUAGUCGACGUACUCUUAUGCAAAUGCCAGUAUUGCAAGACAAGCAUUCAGUAGUUUAUGGACAGCAAUUGUAUGGCACCCUUUACCGAACUGCACGUUUUCAUCAAUUCCAAACCAAGAAGAAAAAAAUGGCCCUGCUUUAAUACAAAGUCGUGGGUCCUUGACACUUUGCAUGUGAACUAGUGUUAGAGCUAUUUUCCUCUCCUCUAUAACUGUCUUCCUCUCGGUCUUUCCCUGUUAUGUGACCCUCUCUUUCUUUCCUUCCCCUAUUAUUUCACCCACUCCUUAUUUUCGUUUCCCCUUUUGUGUUUUGCUUUCUCUCCUUUUUUCUUCCCCCUCUUUCCUGUUUGUAACUUUGAUUUGUGUAAUUGUGCAUGUACAAGCGUCACUGACUCGAUGGAUAUGUUUAAAAAAAAAAAGCUGCUGAAGCCAUGCAAAACGUUUUGAAAUGCCCUUAAAAUAUGGAAGAUGUUUUCUGAAUGCUUUAUAUUCUUUCUGCUGUAAAAUAAUU